CCUUGGCGCUCCCUUUCCUUCUUCUUCCCACGCCUCCUCAAUCUCUCUCUCUCUAUUUUUCUUUCUCCGUCUCUGCGAAUUUGAAAAAAGAAAUUCCUAAAAUUUUCUCUUUGUUUUUCAGUGAAGAUAAUGCGGUCUUAAUGCGGUCUUUUUGAGUAUUUUGAUUUACAAUAUCUCUUUCUGCUCCUUUUUUUUUCCCAAUUGAGAGUUAUUAAUUUCACGCUGUAAAGCUGCUGAGAGAAGGGAGGUUUCUAGAUUUGGAUUUUCGAGGUUUCUCUCCUUGACUGCAGUUGACUGAGAGACGUGAAGGACAUUCUAGAAAAUAGGUUUUCCGCUUUAGUGCUUGGUAAUGGGAAACAACGAUGAAGGAAAGUCUAAGUCUGACAAGUCAUCUUCACCAGUGCCAACGGAUCAGGCCAAUAUUCAUGUCUAUCCCGAUUGGGCUGCUAUGCAGGCAUACUAUGGUCCUCGAGUCACUAUGCCGCCAUAUUACAACUCAGCUGUGGCCUCUGGCCAUGCUCCUCCCCCUUAUAUGUGGGGUCCUCCACAGCCUAUGAUGCCACCUUAUGGGGCACCUUAUGCAACAAUCUACUCACAUGGGGGAGUUUAUGCCCAUCCUGCAGUUCCUAUAACUGCAGCCCCUGUGGAAGCUCCUACUAAGUCAUCAGGAAAUACAGAACGAGGUUCGACAAAGAAGAUGAAAGGGUUUGAUGGCCUUGCUAUGUCAAUAGGCAAUGGUACUGCUGAGAAUGAUGAGGGUGCAGCUGAACCUAGACUGUCCCAGAGUGUGGAGACUGAAGGUUCUACUGAUGGUAGUGAUGGAAAUACAACUGGGACGGAUCAAAGUAGGAGGAAAAGAAGCAGGGAGGGAACACCAACCAUUGCAGGUGGAGAUGGUAAAACUGAGGCAAAGUCUAAUGCAGUUGCCGUGGCAGAGGUAACUACAACCAUUUCCCCUAAACCAAUUGGAACUGUACUUUCUCCUGGCAUGACCACCGCUUUGGAGCUUAGGAACCCUUCCUCCAUGAAUGCUAAAUCCAGUCCUACAAACGUACCUUGUGGAGUAAUGCCUCCUGAAGUCUGGAUGCAGAAUGAACGAGAGCUGAAACGGGAAAGGAGGAAACAAUCUAAUAGAGAAUCUGCUAGAAGGUCAAGGUUGAGGAAGCAGGCUGAGACGGAAGAGCUUGCCCGUAAAGUUGAAUCCUUGACUGCAGAGAAUGCAACACUCAGAUCUGAAAUAAAUCAACUAACUGAAAAAUCGGAGAAACUAAGGCUAGAAAAUGCUACAUUAGUGGAGGGACUCAAAAACGCUCAACUAGGACAUACACAGGAAAACAUUACGAACAAAAACGAGGACAAAGAGGGUGAAAUGUAUGAGAAAAAAUCCGGUGCCAAGCUGCAUCAGCUCUUGGAUGCGAGUCCAAGAACUGAUGCUGUGGCUGCCAGCUGAGUAAGUAGCCACAGUUUACACCUGAGUUAUUUUUGACAUAUUUAAAUCGGACAAAACCGUGUAGCUUUUGGUAUCAUUUACAAGCCCAAAACUACUGCUAACAGUUAGCAGAAGGAUGAAAUAGUAGGUGUUUGUUAGGGGAUUGAAACUAUGUUUGGGACACUGUAAGCUAGCUCUCUCAUGGCAGAACUGAUGUAAUUUUUUAUUUAAAAAUCAGAGUGCUGAGAAAGCCCUGAAAAAAACAAAAAGGUUAAUGUACAUUAAGGAGAAAUUAGAUAAUGUGUUUUAAGGAAAAGGGUAUUGAGAACCUUUAAAUAAUAAUAAUAAGAUGAAAUUUUUAAUGCCUUGAAAA